AUGGAAGGAGCCGCCGCCGCCGAGGCAAAGAUAAUUGACGGGACAGCCAUCGCCAAAUCCAUCCGAUCGGACAUUGCCCAAGCCAUCACUGCCCUUCGGAAAUCUAACCCGACAUUCUAUCCUCCUCGGCUCGUGAUUCUCCAACUCGGAUCGAAUGCUGCUUCGGCAACCUAUAUCCGAAUGAAGCUCAAGGCGGCCGAGGAGAGCGGUAUGACUGUCGAGCAUAUACAGAUCCCUUCCGAUGCCGAAGCUGGACCUUCGAGUCAUUCGGGUGCAGGCGUGGCAAAGAUCCUGGACGUCAUCCAAAAGGCCAACGCCGAUGAAAAAGUCAGCGGAAUCCUCGUUCAACUUCCACUCGAAGGUGCGAGCACUGUUGAGGAGAAAAAGGUCGUCGAUUCGGUAGCGGUGGAGAAAGAUGUUGACGGAUUCCAUCCUGAGAACAUUGGUCUCCUCAACUCUAGAAUCGCAGAACCAUACUUCACCCCCUGUACACCUGCCGGUGUCAUUCGCUUGAUCGAAUCGACCGGUUUCAAUCUCCAAGGAUCCAAUGUCGUCGUUCUUGGUCGAUCUGAUAUCGUCGGAACACCCACCUGCGCGCUGUUGAGGAAGAAGGACGCAACCGUCACCCAGUGUCAUCGUCACACUCAGAAUCUCCAGGAAAUCAUUUCUCGUGCAGACGUUCUCGUUGCUGCCAUUGGUUCAGCUGGCUUCGUCAAAGGUGAAUGGUUGAAGAAGGGCGCCAUCGUCAUUGAUGUCGGUACGAAUUACAUUGCCGACCCCAGCAAGAAAUCUGGUUCGCGUUUGGUUGGCGAUGUCGACUUUGCAAGUGCUUCCCAGGUCGCUAGCCACAUUACUCCUGUCCCGGGUGGUGUUGGUCCCAUGACCGUCGCAAUGCUCAUGAGCAAUACCUUUGACGCGGCCAAACGAGCUUGGCAAGCUGGAAGAGACCGACGUGUGACUCCAUUGCCCUUGACGCUCAAGGAAAAAGUCCCCUCCGACAUCGAAAUCGCCACCUCUCAGACGCCGAAACCCGUCUGGGACAUUGCCAAGGAGAUGGGACUGCAAGCGGAUGAAGUCGAGAGCUAUGGCAAGUACAAAGCCAAGGUCGAGCUCUCAGUCUUGCAACGUUUGAGCAAUCGUCAGGAUGGAAAGUACAUUGUCGUUGCAGGAAUCACGCCAACUCCACUUGGAGAAGGCAAAUCUACUACGACAAUUGGACUGGCUCAAGCUCUCGGUGCUCACCUUCACAAGGUUGCUAUCGCCUGUGUUCGACAACCUAGUCAAGGACCCACGUUCGGAGUCAAAGGUGGUGCCGCGGGUGGUGGUUACUCCCAAGUCAUCCCCAUGACUGAAUUCAACCUGCAUCUCACUGGUGAUAUUCACGCCGUGACUGCCGCCAACAACUUGCUGGCCGCUGCCAUCGACGCUCGAAUGUUUCACGAAGCUACGCAGAAGGACAAGGCGUUGUUCGAUCGUCUUUGCCCCGCAAAGAAGGGCGUCAGGGCAUUUGCCAAGCCUAUGCUGGCUCGUUUGAAGAAAUUGGGCAUCAAUAAGACCAAUCCCAACGAUUUGACAGAAGAGGAGCAGUCUCGCUUUGCCCGGUUGGACAUCGACCCCGCCACGUUGACUUGGAACCGAGUGCUUGACACGAACGAUCGAUAUCUCCGAAGCAUUACUGUUGGUCAAGCUCCCACUGAGAAAGGCCUCACCCGACAGACUGCUUUUGACAUCGCCGUCGCUUCCGAAGUCAUGGCUGUUCUCGCGCUCUCAAAAGACAUUGCCGAUAUGAGAGAGAGACUGGGGCGAAUGGUUGUUGCCACAUCAAAGGCUGGAGACCCAGUCACCGCAGAGGACAUCGGUUGUGCGGGUGCUAUGGCUGUCCUGAUGAAGGACGCCAUUAAGCCAACGCUGAUGCAGACUCUCGAGGGAACACCAGUCUUUGUCCACGCCGGUCCAUUCGCCAACAUUGCCCACGGCAACUCCUCCAUCAUUGCCGACCGUAUUGCGCUCAAACUCGCCGGUAUCGAACCGGGCGACGAGGAGUCGAGGAACGGAUAUGUCAUCACCGAAGCUGGUUUCGGUGCCGAUAUUGGAAUGGAAAAGUUCUGCAACAUCAAGACUCGUGUCUCUGGUCUCAAGCCAAACGCAGUGGUCCUUGUGGCAACCAUCCGUGCUCUCAAAAUGCACGGUGGUGGCCCUGCUGUCACACCUGGCAAGCCACUCGAUGCUGUCUACACAGAGGAGAGCCUCGAUCUGCUGGAGAAGGGCUGUGCCAAUUUGGGCAAGCAUAUUGAAAAUGCAAAGAAAUUUGGUCUCAAAGUCAUUGUCGCUGUGAACCGAUUCUCGAACGAUACUGACGCCGAAAUGGCCUUGGUCCAAAAGUACGCCCUGUCCGUUGGAGCCGACUAUGCUGUCCCUGCCAAUCACUGGGCUGAAGGUGGAGCUGGAGCCCUCGAAGUAGCCAAGGCUGUCGUUGAAGCCUGUGAGACUCCCUCGACUUUCGACUUCCUGUACGAUGUCAACCUUCCUCUGGUGGAGAAGAUGAACAUCAUCGCAAAGGAAAUGUACGGAGCGGACGGUGUCGAGCUUUCACCAGAAGCUCAGGCCGAAGUGGAUCGAUAUGAAGCUCAAGGCUACGGCUCUCUGCCCAUCUGCAUGGCUAAGACGGCGCUGUCACUGAGUGACGACCCGUCAAAGAAGGGUGUCCCAACAGGCUUCACUAUCAAGAUUCGAAAUGUAAGAUUGUCAGCCGGUGCUAGCUUUGUGUACCCUUUGGCCGGAGAUAUGAGUACCAUGCCUGGAUUAACCACUCGCCCUGGAUUCUACGACAUCGACUUGAAUCCCGAGACUGGAGACAUUGAGGGGCUCUUCUGA